UCUCUCAAAAUGACCACCUUGGAAUCUCUAUUAUAAAAUCAAAACUACAGAACACCAUCUCAUCUCAUCUCAUCUUUGCUUAUUUCUCUCUUCACUUGUGUUUCUGUUUGGAGUUAAGAUAAACAACAAUGGCCACAUCAGCAAUCCAACACUCCUCUUUCGCCGGCCAAACAGCCCUGAAGCCCUCCAACGAUCUCCUCCGCAAAGUCGGAGCUUCCAACGGAGGUGGCCGUGUCGUCAUGCGCCGUACCGUCAAGUCUACUCCACAAAGCAUCUGGUACGGACCAGACCGUCCCAAGUACUUAGGACCAUUCUCAGAGAACACACCAUCAUACCUUACCGGUGAAUACCCCGGAGAUUACGGUUGGGACACAGCUGGUCUCUCCGCCGACCCAGAAACCUUCGCAAAGAACCGUGAGCUUGAAGUAAUCCACAGCAGAUGGGCAAUGCUAGGCGCUUUAGGUUGCACAUUCCCAGAGAUUCUCUCCAAAAACGGAGUUAAAUUCGGUGAAGCCGUGUGGUUCAAGGCAGGGUCUCAAAUCUUCUCAGAAGGAGGGCUUGAUUACCUUGGAAACCCUAACUUGAUCCACGCGCAAAGCAUCUUAGCUAUCUGGGCUACUCAAGUUGUGCUGAUGGGGUUAAUCGAAGGGUACAGAAUCGGAGGUGGACCUCUUGGUGAAGGGCUUGACCCGCUUUACCCCGGUGGAGCGUUUGACCCGUUGAACUUAGCUGAGGAUCCAGAGGCCUUUUCGGAGUUGAAAGUGAAGGAGCUAAAGAAUGGUCGGCUUGCUAUGUUCUCCAUGUUUGGUUUCUUUGUCCAAGCCAUUGUCACUGGUAAAGGACCCAUCGAGAAUCUGUUCGACCAUGUUGCUGACCCUGUGGCUAACAAUGCCUGGGCUUACGCUACCAACUUCGUGCCCGGAAAAUAG